AUGUGGCGACUUACUGCUGAUCCAAUUCCAGAAUCCUUGGAGGCCUUGAAAAACGAGUUACAAAGCAAAGCUGAAAGUCUAUGUAAUCUUCCUGAAAAUGCACUACGACGAGCAUAUGAUGAACUCACCAAAGUUCAGAGUGGUCAAUACGAGCUUGUACCAGUCAGAGCACCUGAAACCAAGAUCAACACACGAGGUCGCCCAACUGGUUCCAAGAAGAACUGGUCCAAGUCUAAAUCAACACAGCGAGAUCCUUCAGGUUUUGAGUACCUCAAAGCUCCUGAGCCAAAAGCUACCAAACCAAAGGCUCCUAGACCAAGAGCUCCCCCUAAGUGUAGUAAGUGCAAAAGCUCUGGGCACAACAAAAAGAAGUGCCCACUUGUACCUCAACUGCACGAACCGACUUUGGCAGAACUUCAGCUGGAUCCAGAUGCAGAUACACCAAUCAAUAUUACCAAUGUUGAUCAAUCAGCCACUACAUUACGUCCUGAACUUGACGAUGGCAAUUCAAACUUAAAUUCUGAUAACCGACACAGAUUCGAUUGGGAAGAAGACAAAGACAAUUCAAACUCAAAUUCUGAUGCCCAAAACAGAUCCGAUUGGGAAGAAGACAAUGACAAUAUACCAAAAUGUCCUUUCUGCGAUGACCCACUCCCAUCACAGCCCUCACCAAAACUUCACAGUCUGAUGCAAAUGCUUCUCGAUCGACCAAAGGCAAAGAAGACCCCUCGACCCGGGAAUCCUGAUGCAGUCUCUCUUCCGAUGUCUGAGACCAUCGCAUUCUGUGUGAUGCAUGGUGCUGAGGAAAAAUACAUCCCCAUAGGGAAACAGAAUGGUUGGCCUUCAUCGAUCAAUUUUGACGAACUCUCUAGUCGUGUAGAGAAAUUUGUCCCUGAUCUGCAACAUAUCAUCAAUCACCAAAUUGACAGCACCUUUUUGAAUGGUGCACUGCAAAUCUUGCAGAGUCACGGAGCACGUCGAAUGGAUAGUGUAUGGCACGGAGAUCUCACAUUUGAACUUGAACAACCAGGGUACUAUGGGGGCAGAGGCUUAGAAAUCAUUUAUCAAACACUUCAUUCGCAAUUCCUGCGCCCCCAAGCUCCGAAUCGACUCCUACACGCAAAAGCAAAGCCUCUCAGUCCUGAAACCUGGGUCCGGACAGUUUUGAUUCCCGAAGUUUCUUUGAGACUGAUCGCGGACGAUCUAAAGAUAUCGAUCUCGGAUCCUAAAGUUAAAGAUACACUUGAAAGCUCUCGAGCAUAUGGGAUGGCUAUAUUUCCAGCCGAGGAUGAUCACUUUUGA